AUGAAUCGGGAAGAUCAUUAUUACUCCUCUCAGGUUUUUAAAGACUCCUGCGCCUACCAGAGAUCACAGGGGGAUGAGUACAGCCACAGCCCGCCGCCCUGCCUCUACAUGAGCAGGCAGGUUCACUCCGUCUACACACCGCCGUCCAUGGGAGCCCUGGAGCAGGCCAGCCUUCCUGACAUUGCUCCUGCGUACAGUUUGCCCGGCAUGCGGGAGGAUCCAGGUGUGCCUCAGCUCCAGCACCCGCAAGGGAUCCAGCAGCAGCAGCAACAGCAGCCCCUCCAGCCUCCAGGUUAUGGUGACGCUGGGGAGCAAAGCAGAUAUCAUCUCCCAUUCCCCUGGAUGAAAACCACCAAAUCCCACUCACACACCUGGAAGGGCCAGUGGGCAGGGCCCUACGUGAUGGCGGAGACGGAGGAAAACAAGCGCACGAGGACUGCGUACACGCGCGCCCAGCUGCUGGAGCUGGAGAAGGAGUUCCUGUUCAACCGCUACAUCUCGAGGCCGCGCCGGGUGGAGCUGGCGCUGACCCUCAGCCUCACCGAGCGACACAUCAAGAUCUGGUUCCAGAACCGGCGCAUGAAGUGGAAGAAGGAGGAAGACCGCAGGAGGGCGAGGGGGACCGACCCGGACCAAGACUCCUCCAUCACGUCGGGAGACCAGGGGGAGGCCGCAGGAGGGGUGACCUCCACCAACGGACCUCACGCCGCCACCACGCCCCCUGUUUCCCCGCUGCACGGCCACACUCUGUCCGGGUCCAGAGAGCCCGCGUAGAUCCAGUUACGCAUUCAAAACUGGGA